AUGAACGACCAAGACAAUAAUUGCAUCGAAGAUGUGGCAUUCGGCCUGCGCGCCGACUGCGAUGCGCACGAAUUCCCCGUCGUCGAGUACCGAUGGAUCUUCUGGUUCUCGGUCGCAACUGCGGCCGCCUUCAUAGCGGUUGCGGCUCUCCGCAUACUCCGCCUGUCCCGGUCCCAGGACCCGUCCAUUGUGCGCGGCGCCGGAAUCAUGUGGAUCGCCAAGCUCGUUGCCGGCGCCGUAUUCACCGGGCUAAGACUCGGUCUUCUCGUCGUGGUGCUUCGCCCGCAGAAUGGCCGUCCUAAUGCGGAGCUCGUAGCAUCCACAGCACUCAAUUUCACCGCGUCUUGUCUACUACUUGCGCUCUCGCCUCUUGAGCAUUUCAAACGGUCUCGGCCCUCCAUCUUGGCUUGCUCUUUCCUCUUUCUCGCUCUCAUCUAUGACAUCUACCGAUGUCCUUCCCUCUGGUCUGCAUCAGACCAACAAAACAAUCAACACCUGUCACUGUCUUUCAAGGUCCUGUUCACGACUGCAAUCGUCGUUGAGGUCUUGUUCUUGGCACUAGAGAGCCUGAAGCGGAGGCGGUGGGUUAAGUGGGACUCGGACGAGCACAGUCCGGAAGAGACGAGCAGCAUCUUGAGUCUUGGCCUCUAUUCAUGGCUCAAUCCCUUGUUGUGGAAGGGUUACCACAAGCCCUUGGUAAUGGAUGACCUGUUCCCACUUGAUACUUCCAUCUCUGUCGCAAAGAUAGACACUCGAAGAAGCCCGGAGUCGAAAGGAACCUCUAUCUCAGACCUCGUUCUGUGGCUCGCGAGGCCGCUGGGCUGGUCAGUUCUGUUACCUAUUCUUCCAAGACUUUGUCUUCUUGGUUUCACCUUCUGCCAACCUUUCUUCCUCCAACGCCUGCUGGGCUUCUUGUCAUCUAAUGAAGACAACUCAUCAACCGCCUCCGGACUCGUCGCAGUCGCAGUCUUGACCUACUCGGGCAUCGCCAUCUCAACUGCCCUGUACUGGUACUACCAAGAACGUUUUCAGUCCCUCCUCCGCGCGUACCUGAUAUCUGCAAUCUACCGGAAAACGGCCGAAAUUCAGCAUGUGGGCGAUGGCGACUCAGCUGCCGUCACACUGAUGGGUGCCGAUGUCGAGAGAAUCUACACUGGCCUCCGCCUCAUGCACGAGGUCUGGGCCAAUGCCAUCCAGAUCGGCCUCGCUUCUUGGCUUCUACAACGGCAGCUUGGCCUCGCCUUCCUUGCUCCCUUGGUCAUAGUUCUCGUCUGCUUCUUCGUCUCGUUUGCGAUAUCAAAACGUGCUGUACCUUACCAAAGUGCGUGGAUGGCCCGCGUACAGAAACGUAUCGCGGCUACCUCAGCUGUUCUCUCUAAUAUCAAGGAUCUGCGUGUGUCCGGAAUGAUCCGUCCUGCUGCGGCUCUCGUACAGCGGGAGAGGGAAGACGAGAUUCGUGUGGGAGAGCGCUCGCGCAUCCUUAUCGCCAUCAGUGCCAGUUCGAGCCAGCUUCCGCAAGCUAUUGCGCCAGCUUUGGCUUUUGCUUUCGGCCCAAAGGUCUUGGAUCAAACGCGAGCAUUUACAGCUCUAUCUUUCUUGGCAUUGCUGACUUCACCGUUACUGGUCGUACUGCAAAGCUUGCCCAUCAUAGCUGCUUCUUUUGCAUGUCUACGGAGGAUCAAGUUGUUCCUGGCUCAGGAGACAAGAGUCGAUGGGCGACACAUCGUCGAGUCAACCGACACCGACGAGAAGGCUGGGAAGUCGACUAUUGAAAUCAAGAGCAAAGAGGCUUUCAUUAGCAUUCAAGGUGGAAGUUUCGGCUGGACAGACGACAAGCCUGUCCUCAAAGACAUCAGCAUCUACGUUCCCCAGUCGUCCAUCACAUUUGUAGUCGGUCCUGUGGCCUCUGGUAAAUCCACAUUCUGUCGAGCUCUACUUGGCGAGGUGCCCCACGCGAAGGGUACCGUCACCUUAGGAUCGAAGAAAUUGGCAUACUGCGACCAGACGCCGUUCCUCUUCAACUCCUCAAUCAUGGAGAACAUCAUCGGGUUCUCUCCACUCAACACAGCCCGCUACGCUGACGUCAUACGCGCAGCAAUGCUGUUGGACGACCUGGCGACCAUGCCAGCUGGAGACAGGACCGUUGUGGGCACGAAGGGUGUCUCACUGAGUGGUGGCCAGCGGCAGCGUAUAUCUCUAGCGAGAGCGCUCUAUCAUGAAGCCGAUAUAAUCGUCCUCGACGACGUGUUUCGUGGACUAGAUUCAUCUACGCAGCACCAAGUUUGCCAGGCCAUCUUCGGGACCAAUGGACUUCUGAGGAGGCGAGGAACGACUGUCAUUGUUUGUACGCAUUCGACACAGUUGUUGCCGGUUGCCGAUCACAUCAUUGCGCUUACACAAGAGGGUACUAUUCUCGAUCACGGCACAUUCAUAGACAUUACAGAAGAUGAGGAGAGACCUCGACGCUUCGGUCUCACAAGUAUCACAGAAGCUAUCACAAGAAAAAGCAAGAAAGACACGACAGCCGAUGAGAUGGAAAUAUCUCCGUCAAAGGAGGCGAGAGAAGCAUCGCAGCCUCUCAAGGCGGCCACUGUACCGAAGGGCCAGUCUACAUCAGCAACCAUUCCGACCGUCGACCUGGCCGUCUACCGCCACUGGCUCUCUACCAUGAAGCCUCUUCCUCUCAUCAUUUUCGCUGUUUUAGUGAUUGGUGUAGGCUUCUGUGCCAACUUCCCAACAAUCUGGCUCAAGUUUUGGUCGGCAGACUCGACAUCGUCCUCGCCUCAGCAUAGCUUCGCCUACUGGAUGGGACUUUAUGCCCUCAUCGGAGCAGGUGGCGUUAUCUGCGUUUUCCCUGCUGGCCUCAUCAUGCUUCGCACUGCCGUACGUCUUACUGGGACAGACCUUCACCAUGCCACAGUGGACACAGUCAUGAAUAGCAGUCUCCGAUUUCUAAGCACCACGGACGUUGGCAAGAUUCUGAACCUCUUCAGCCAAGAUAUGAACAUCAUGGAUACGCAACUGCCUCGCAUGACUAACAACCUCUGCUUCUGUCUUGCCACCGCCAUUGGGCAGGCUGCUGUGAUUGCGGUGUCUUCAGCCUGGCUGGCAAUUAGCUAUCCGUUCUUCAUGUUGUUGCUGUGGGUGGUUCAGAGGAUUUAUCUUCCCACCUCCAAGCGGCUUCGUAUUCUUGAUCUCGAGGCAAAGAAUCCUCUCUAUACCAACUUUCUGGACACCAUGAAUGGCCUGCCCACCAUCCGGGCUUUCGAUUGGUUUCCUCAUCAAAUUGCUCGCAACGACGCCCUGCUCGAUGAUUCUCAGCGUCCUUCGUAUUUGUUAGCAAUGGCACAACAGUGGCUGAUGUUGACAAUGAACAUCAUAGUGGCUGUUGUAGCUGUCCUCCUAGUGGCUCUCGCGACGCAAUUAAGAUCUGACACGGGUAAUGUCGGUGCAGGUCUGGUUACUCUCAUCACACUCGGCGGCACGCUGACAACAAUUGUGGUCGCGUACACCGGUCUUGAAACGUCUCUUGGCGCAAUCGGUCGCCUUAAAGCAUUCGGAGAGGAGACUGAGAGAGAAGAUUCCGUGGGAGAUGAUGUUACACCUGAUGAAGCAUGGCCACUGAACGGGCACGUGGAUAUACGCAACGUGGACGUAAGCUACAAUGGCGGUGAUAAGGUCCUGAAAGGUUUGAACAUGAGUUUUGAACCCGGACAGAAAGUUGCUAUAUGCGGAAGGACGGGAAGCGGUAAAUCCUCUAUCCUUGCAUUACUACUACGCCUCAUCGACCCCUUGCAAGCUAGCACUUUUACAAAUCCGCAGCCUGCCAUCAUGAUUGAUGGCGUUCCCCUCAACACCGUCAACCGUAUCACCCUCCGCGAACGCGUCAUUUCAGCUUCGCAAGACCCUGUUUUCCUCCCUGAAGGCACAACAUUCCACGCUAAUCUCGACCCAGUCUCCGUUGCAACUAACGAAGAGUGUGCUGCCGUUCUUUGCGAUGUCGGUCUCGACACUGCUGUCGAAGAAAAGGGCGGACUUAAUGCCGUGAUCAGCGGAGUCGAGCUUAGUGCGGGCCAGAAACAAUUGUUCAGUGUUGCUCGCGCGGUACUACGCCGCAGGGUGAGACGUCGAGAAACCGGUGUUGACGGCGGUCUUCUGCUCCUUGACGAGAUCACGUCGGGAGCGGAUACUGCGACGGAGAAGAGAGUUCAUCGGAUACUGGACUCCGAGUUUGGGGCAUUUACGGUCAUCAUGGUCACACAUCGGAAGGAGAUGGCUACGUCCUGUGAUCGGGUGAUCAUGCUGGAUGCAGGGGAGGUGGUUGAGGAUGGUGCGCCUCGGGCGUUACUUGAGAUGGAGGACGGCCUGUUCAAAGCCUUAUGGGAACUUUGA